AUGUUCACUAUGGCUUGUGUGUUCACUGUGGCUUGUGUGUUCACUACCACCCCCACCACUAUGCUUUGUGUUAACCACCACAAAGUCUUGUGUGUUCAGCACCACCACCUGGCUUGUGUGUUCAGCACCACCACCAUGGCUUGUGUGUUCACCACCAUGGUUUGUGGUUCACCACCAUGGCUUGUGUGCUUUACUUGGCACAAAUUCUCCCAUCAAGUGUAAGAGAGAGAGAGAGAGAGAGAGAGAGAGAGAGAAGCAGCAGCAGCAGCAGCAUCAGCAGCAUCAUCAUCGUCGAAGUGGUGAGAUAUGUGAAUCCUUGAGGAAGAUGUUCACCACCACCACAGCUUGUAUAUUCACUGUCUGGUGUGCUUCACCACCAUGGCUUGUGUGUUCACCGCUAUGGCUUGCAUGUUCACUGUGGCUUAUGUGUUCACUACCACCACCACCACCACCACCACCACUAUGCCUUGUGUUAACCACCACAAAGUCUUGUGUGUUCAAGCCCACCACCAUGGCUUGUGUGUUCACCACCAUGGCUUGUGUGCUUCACUUGGCACAAAUUCUCUCAUGAACUGUAAGAUGGCAGCAGCAGUAACCAGCAGUAUGCACAAGAUGGAAUGUGUGGACUCUCAGGAAGGAACAACAACUAGUAAUGUGUGCAAGAUAAAAUGUGUGGAACACUCAGGAAUAACCAAUAAUGUGUGCAAGAUGGCAGCAACAGUAACCAGCAGUAUGUGCAAGAUGGAAUGUGUGGAACUCUGAGGAAGCAACAGUAACUAGCAAUGUGUUCAAGAUGGAAUGUGUGGACUCUCAGGAAGGAACAACAACCAGUAAUGUGUGCAAGAUGGAAUGUGUGGAACACUCAGGAAUAACCAGUAAUGUGUGCAAGGACACCUUGCGUGAUAUUGCAACUGCCUUAGGACACCUUGCGUGAUAUUGCAACUGCCUUAGGACACCUUGCGUGAUAUUGCAACUGCCUUAGGACACCUUGUAUGAUAUUGCAACUGCCUUAAGACACCUUAAGAUUGCCAAGAAGCAAGAUAUUAAUGAAUUUUAAUCUGAAGUAAGAAUUUGAUUAUUAUUUUUGUAGUUUUGAAGUGUUUAUUAAGAGAAAUC